AUGUCUCACCAGAUCGGCGGUAUCGACGUCACUUUUGCUCCGUUGAACCAUGGCUUUCACAACUACUGGACCAGUUUCCGGCCCUUAACUAAAGUCAUUCUCCCCAAGGGAUGGCAGCGAGAGCCAGGUUUCCGUGCGUUAAGUGAACCUAUUAUCUGGGAAAAAGAUGUUCCUAUCGCUAUGCGAGAUGGGACUAUUUUGCGUGGUGAUGUUUUUCGCCCAAUGGCCAAAGAUGGCGUUCCUUUGCCUGCGCUUCUCCCGUGGAGUCCAUAUGGAAAAACAGGAAGUGGCUACUUCCAAACAACCAGCUUUACCUGGGUAGGUGUGCCAACAACCUCCUUAAGUGGCCUCGAAAAGUUCGAGGCGCCUGAUCCAGCUGAGUGGUGCCCGCGUGGGUAUACUGUCGUCAAUGUUGACGCGCGAGGAUGCUUUAAUUCUGAGGGGGACAUUUUCUUCUUCGGCACUCAAGAGGGUCGUGAUGGUCACGACACCAUCGAGUGGAUCGCAGAGCAGUCUUGGUGUGAUGGAAACGUGGCCCUUGUUGGGAAUUCAUGGUUAGCUAUCACUCAGUGGUUCAUUGCAGCUGAAAAGCCCCCACAUCUGAAGGCUAUCGCUCCAUGGGAAGGGCUGGGUGAUUUCUAUCGCGAGAGUAUCUGCCGUGGUGGUAUUCCUAAUCCCAUGUUCUGGGAACUCCUGAUGAAGCAAUUCAAUGGGAGAACCCAACACGAGGAUGUUGCGGCUAUGAUCGAAAAGUACCCGCUAAUGAACGCAUAUUGGGAAGACAAGAGACCACGGUUACAGGAAAUAAAUAUCCCUAUGUAUAUUCUGGCUAGCUAUUCAACCGGAUUACAUACCGAGGGAUCUCUACGCGCCUGGAAAUAUGCUGGGUCGGAUGAAAAGUGGCUGCGAAUUCAUCCUACCCAGGAAUGGUUUGACAUUUACCAGCCAUUUGCAAACGACGAUCUUCAGCGCUUUUUGGAUCACUUUCUUCUAGGCAAAAAUAAUGGUUGGGAGUUUACACCCAAGGUCCGUCUCUCUUUACUUAGAUACAACAAGGCUCCGAUCAGUUUCCGCGCAGAAGACAGAUACCCGCCUUCUAGGGUGGAAUACAAAACUUUUUACCUUAAUGCCGCCAAGGAGAAUGGAAGUCUCGCAGGAUCUUUACAGACUGAGGCACCCACCGAAAUAUACGCCAUCUCAUAUCAAUCCGACAUGUGGGAAGAUGAUGGAGUUUACUUCACGCUUACUUUUACGGAAACUACUGAGUUAAUUGGCAGCUCUCAGGUCAAGCUAUACAUGUCAUGUGCAGAUCUGGACGAUAUGGAUGUGUAUGUCAUUAUCCGAAAGCUUGAUCGCUUAGGGAAUGCAUUGCUCAAUUACAACAUUCCCUUUGAGCACCAGAAUCGCAGGACAAGCGUAAAUAUGAUCCCAGAUGAAAACAUUUACAAGUACGUAGGGCCAAGUGGACGACUCCGAGCUUCCAAGCGAGCCGCCACAACCGAGGAACCCGACAUGCUCGAAAGCAGGAAAGAAAAUCAAGAGCCCACGGAGCUUUUCUUCCCGCACGAUAAGUCAGAAAAAGUACCUCCAUGUCAAGUAGUAGAACUCAAGAUUCCUAUUUGGGCUGGAGGGAUUUUUUUCGAGGAAGGAGAAUCACUGAGAUUAGAGAUCAAGGGUCAUGACCCAAUCCUCCCAGAGUUUCCAGCAUUGAGAAAAGGGCCCAAAAAUUUGAAUAGGGGACAGCAUAUGGUGUCCACUGGGGGAAAUUUCUUGUCUACUUUGAUUGUUCCAUUAACUAAAGGGUAA